CCAAAGAGUAGUCGAAGCUUAAAACAAGGCUGCGUUUGGCAAGAAAUCCCUUUUGGCUUUUACCCACCACACCACAAUCGAAUCAUCAUCGCCUUCAUCUCCAAUCCAUACGAUCAACCAGGAAGAAAUAUGGGUGCCGGCCGUGCUGUUUCAAUCUCAUUAGACGGCGUUCGUGACAAAAACUUAAUGCAAUUGAAAAAACUCAACUCCGUUCUAUUUCCUGUUCGAUACAAUGACAAGUAUUACGCAGAUGCUCUUGCCUCCGGCGAAUUUACCAAGCUAGCAUAUUACAAUGACAUAUGUGUUGGCUCGAUUGCAUGCCGCCUUGAAAAGAAAGAAAGUGGCGCUGUUCGUGUUUACAUAAUGACACUCGGUGUUUUAGCACCAUACCGUGGCCUAGGCAUCGGUACAAAGCUGUUGAAUCAUGUUCUUGAAUUAAGCCAGAAGCAAAACAUUGGUGAGAUUUACUUGCAUGUGCAAACAAACAAUGAAGAUGCCAUAAGUUUUUACAAGAAAUUUGGGUUUGAAAUCACGGAAACAAUUAAAAAUUAUUACACAAAUAUCACCCCACCCGAUUGCUAUGUGGUUACUAAGUACAUUCCCCAAUCUCAAUCCAAGAAGUAAAUGUGGUUUUGAAGUGAGAUUAUAUCAAUUGGAAGCUGAUUCUUGUUAUAAGAUUUAAUGGAGAGUAAUUGCUAAAUAUUUAUUUUGCUUUUGAGGACUAUAUUUGUUCUUGAUCUUUGUUUCUUGAGAAUGAUCAUCU